AUGGGUGGGUGCUCCUCAUCAAUAAAUCCGAAUAAAAAACAAUCUCUUAUACCAAUUAGGAAAACAGAUUAUAAUAUUGAGGUGAACUUUGACGGAAUAAUGAAUGGAAAUAGCAGAAGAGAUAAUAAUAAUGGAGAUGGGUAUCUAUCUAUUAAUAAUGGAUGUGAAAGAAGGAGACUUUCUGUUAGUAGAAGUGAUCCAGUAAAUGAUAUAGAUAAUACAGAAGUACCACGUGGUAGGGCAUUAUUUAAAAAAGUAUCUAAAGAAAAAAAUACGACAUUAGAUAGAGCUGUAAUAGUAAAUAAUAAUUUAGAUAGAGAUAAUUCAGAUAAUUUAAAUACAUUUAAUAAUAUAAAUGGUGAUUUUGCAAUUAAUGAUACUUUAGAAAGUUGUUUAUUAGAUUCUUCAAGUUACCCGAAACGUCGUUUAUCUGUAACAGGUGCAUUAUCCCAUAGAACUCAAGAAACAUUUGAGUGUAAAGCUGAAGAAAUAAAUGGUGAUGAGAUAGCAAACAAAGAAUUACAACAUGGUAUUGGAUAUGUAUGCCGUAAAGGGUUAAAACCAGAAAGUCCUAAUCAAGAUGACUUUUUCAUAUAUCGUACAGAAUUAUGGGGAUUAUAUGGAGUCUUUGAUGGUCAUGGACCUUUUGGACAUGAUGUUAGUAAUUUUAUACAGAGAGAAUUACCUCAACUUAUUUUGAAAGAUAAAAGAUGGAAAGUUAAUCCAGGAGAGGUUUUACGUUAUGCUUUUAUUAAAUCACAUCAGAAAUUGCAAGAUUAUGUUUUACAAACAAAUGAAUUUGAUUGUAGUUUAUCAGGAACUACAGCUACUGUGAUUUUACAUCAACCUUUAGAGCAACGUAUUAUUACUGCUCAUGUAGGUGAUUCAAGAUCUGUAUUAGCAAGAUGGUCAAGAUCCGGAAGAACCCUUGAGGCUAUUGAUUUAACAAAUGACCAUAAACCAAAUUCAGAACAAGAAAAACGAAGGAUUGUAGCAGCAGGUGGUCAAGUAAAACGUAUUGAAGGUGAUAUACCAUAUAGAGUAUUUAUAAAAGGCAAGAUGUAUCCUGGAUUAGCUAUGAGUAGAGCUAUAGGAGAUACACUGGGAUAUCAGGCAGGUAUUAUACCAGAACCAGAUGUCAAUGUAUAUCAAAUUCGACCAGAUAAGGAUGCUUUUAUUCUGAUUUGUUCAGAUGGAGUUUGGGAAUUUAUCUCAUCUCAAGAGGCAGUUGAUCUUGUUGCUGAGGGUGGUAGUACUGGUGCACAAAUAUCAGCCGAAAGAUUAGCAAGAGAAGCUUGGAGACGUUGGAUUCAAGAAGAAGGAAAUGUAGUAGACGACAUUACAGUUCAAGUUAUUUAUUUACAAGCUUAA